AUGUCUUCCUCAAAAGCAGAGCCGAUGAGCGAACUUCCCAUUCCAACUCAUGCGGCCUCCGAACGCCAUUCCGAUUCCGGCGAAAUUAUUCGGGACCUGACCAUUGGCUUUGCUGAUGGCAUGACUGUUCCCUUUGCUCUUACGGCCGGUCUAUCAAGUCUCGGAUCCUCAAAGCUUGUCAUUAUCGGUGGUCUCGCAGAGCUGUUUAGCGGAGCUAUCUCGAUGGGACUGGGUGCCUACCUAGCAGCUGUCACGGACCGAGAUCACUACAAGAGUGAAGAAGCACGCGAGCGCCAAGAAGUUAUCACCAAGCCCGCGGCGGAAAAGGAGGAGUGCCUUGAGAUUCUUGACAGUUAUGGCAUUUCUCGUGAAGCAAGCCAGUCCGCAAUUGAAUGCCUCACUCAGGACACUGAACAGUGGAUUCGGUUUAUGAUGGACUUUGAAUUGAAACUGGAGAAACCCAAUGUCUCACGAGCAUGGAUCUCAGCAGCCACAAUGGGUAUCUCGUAUUUUAUCGGUGGCCUCCUUCCUAUGAUCCCAUACUUCGUUAUGAAAAAUGUCAACCACGCUCUGUUCAUCUCCAUCGGCAUCACGGUAGUCGUUUGCAUCAUUUUCGGUUUCUCCAAAAAUUACGCCAUCCUCAAGACCAAGCGCGCAGGGUUCUACGGCGCUGCGCAGACACUGUUCGUGGGUGCACUUGCUGCUAGCACGAGCUACGGAAUCGUUUACGGAGUGGAUCAUAGCAGUCUCCAUGCAUAG